AUGUACGAAGGGAAUGACAACCUGAAAUUCCUUUACGACCGUGCCGGGAAGAUUUUCUCCGGCGGUCCUUCUGCGGCACAGGAUGUGCCGCGUCGUACUGCUCGACCAGACCCAGUACGUCAACCAUCAGUUGGGAGCGGGGCUCCCAAGUAUCCCAGGACGGGGGAUAGCCGCGCCACCGGACGAGAUAACUCGUCCGACGUCCGUUCACGUCGCGGUGGUUCAACAGCUGCUCGACCAGAUAGCGCUGGCCACCGCGAGAGUCCUCUAAUGGAGGUGGAGGAGGAGGGAAGACGCUCUCCACACAAUCGUGGGAAAGCGUGUGUUCCCGAGAGCUUCUUUGAUCGCGUAACGCAAGGGUUACGCGGCGAUCUCGAACAUGAGCGGGACGGGCGUCUUUAA